AAGGCAGACUCCUCUCACAAGCGUCUCUAGCCUUGCUACCAUUAAAAUCAGACCCUUUUUGUCUCUCGAUUGCUGUCUCACGACCAAACUCCGAUGUGUUCCGUUAUCAACGACCUAAAGCCUGCCAUUCCAACACCUGUCUUGCUAGGGAUCGGUGGAUAGUAUACGAUUCCGAAAGCAGACAAGGACGUAGGAAGAGAGAGCUCUAGAGAGACAGCCAGGGAUAGACACAGAGAGCUUUGAAGUAAUUGGAUUCCAUGGACGAAAUGCUGCUGUUGACGAGAAUUCUGUUGGUGGGCUUCAUCUGCGGUCUUUUGGUCUCCUCUGGGCUGACUUGUGGACCAGGCAGGGGUAUUGGAAAAAGGAGACACCCCAAAAAACUGACCCCGUUAGCCUAUAAGCAGUUUAUUCCCAAUGUGGCAGAGAAGACCCUAGGGGCCAGUGGAAGAUAUGAAGGGAAGAUCUCAAGAAACUCCGAGAGAUUUAAAGAACUCACCCCAAAUUACAACCCUGACAUUAUUUUUAAGGAUGAAGAGAACACUGGAGCUGACAGGCUGAUGACUCAGAGAUGCAAAGACAAGCUGAACGCGCUGGCUAUCUCGGUGAUGAACCAGUGGCCAGGCGUGAAGCUGAGGGUGACGGAGGGAUGGGAUGAAGAUGGGCACCACUCCGAGGAGUCGCUGCACUACGAGGGCCGAGCCGUGGACAUCACCACCUCGGACAGGGACCGCAGCAAGUACGGCAUGCUGGCCCGGCUGGCGGUGGAGGCGGGCUUCGACUGGGUCUACUACGAGUCCAAGGCCCACAUCCACUGCUCCGUCAAAGCAGAAAACAUGAUACCUAAAGAAAUGCCCAUUGUUGUAUUUAGCUGUGAUGCUUAUACUUUGAAUUCUGCUAAAGGAAGUAACCAAAUACAUCACAUCAGCUCUUGA